AUGUCUUUCUGUCUGUCCAAGAAUCCAGGUGUCCGCAAAGAAGCGAAAACCAGCAAGAGACUCGUGCCAUCUGACCAACAAGCUACAGUACCCCCAAAAAAUAUUUUGAAAUGUUUCACGUUUGUGCAUCUCUGUAACCGUGUAACAGAUGCUAUCUCUAGUCUAGAUCUAUUAGAAACCACCAGUUAUCGAUUGAUCCCUGGGAAACUUGGUAGGUAUACUGUGAGAAAGGGGCGUCGUAAAAACCAAUUGGGUCAUUUGCAAAGUCAGUCAUCCUCCCUAUACUCACUUCUCAGUCACUCGUUAUUCUAUCUUCUUACUGUCUAUCUCAAAAUGGACUUUUCUACUUCUACUGGUAUCUCUUCCAAUACUUCUGGCUCCUUCGGAGAAUCCGAAAACUCCGGUCUCCACCCCGUCGACCUUCUGAAGCUAGCCGAGCAACGUCACAAAGAAAUGUUCUUCGAGGAUGAAAUUCGUCACCGUGAGGAGAUUCUUCACGCAAUGCUCGUCUGUAAUAUCCGGAGUAAGCUGAAAGUGUCGCCACGGCUUUUGGUGAAACGAAGCUUCUCCGACGACGACGCUCCAGAUGUGGCUCCAGAAUCCAAAAAGAAAAAGGACAAUCUGAUGGGACCCUUCUCGUCGGAAGACUUUUUGAGUAGGGCAUAUGCGAAGCCGUUGAUUGAUUUCACGGCGCUCCACAAAAAGCAACUGAUUCAGAAGCCCCAACCAGUUGACGAAAUGCCAGAUCUCUUCCAACGCAUCAAAGCUCGUGUACGCGCUAAGAGAGCUGCUAAUCAAGUAAUUAUCAAAUAA